UUGUCGGCCUCUUCCACAGCCAAGUUAGCCCCACUUCGACGCCAGACGAGUGUGGACAGUGUGACUUUUUCUUUUUCUCCACUUGUCAAGACUGUCGCCAGUUUUGUUGGUGCUGCCAAAAGGCUUUCAGCUUCCCUCUUCCCUCGGACACAUCAUCCCUGCACCUGUGUGCGUGUGUGUACCAAAGACGUGCACAGACUGUCCAGUCGGUUGGUCGGUUGGUCGUCCCACACCCCGCGACACGGUCAGCUGACCGGGUCGGGCCAGUGUAACCGGCACCCCCGAAAUCCCUUCUCUCCACCACCACCACCCCUCAGCAACAGCAACAACAACAACGUGGACAAGGACAAGGAGAAAAUAACGGUGGCGACCGAGCAUAUGCGGGGCCCGGUGGCGCAAGAGGUCCCGAGGCUUGGCAAGAAGAGCAGAGGUUGCAAAAUUGGCCGCAGUAACCGUAGCAGCAGAAGUAGUCGCCAAAGCAGAUUGUCGCAAGAGCCGCCUCGUUUACGAUUUCUUCUCACUUGGCUGGAGGCGGAUAGCCUCGGUCGAAGUUGA